UUAGGCCAGCGCCUAAUUUCUUUUUACCACCCCUAGUGAGUAUAUAACAAACCAUUGCCAGUUAGCCGUUAAGAGUUUUCACUCAACGGUUAAUAACUUUCACUCAACUGGCAAUGGUUUCGUUGAAAACUCCCGCGUAGCAAGCGAGCCUGGGAGUCGCGCACUUUCACUUUUUCCUAGCGAUCGAAGCAUUCAAGACGUCGUCCACCGGCCAUCACAACCAGCAUCACCACAAGCACAAACCCAAGCAAGUUUUCAACACCACACCAAUUGGGAUUCACGAGGCGCCACAAACCCAAGCAAGUUUUCAACACCACACCAAUUGGGAUUCACGAGGCGCUGCACACCAGCAAGCAAGUUUUUUAACACAAUACACUUCACACCAACUCAGGCAAAUCUAAGGAAGAUGACGCGCUACAGUGCCUUAAAGAAGACGGCAGCCCUACACCCAAACCGGUACCCGCUCUCUUGCACGCUGUGCAAGGGAAAACAUCCAUUGCGGCUCUGCUCGUCCUUCCGGGCCAAGACACCGGAGGAGCGCCUACGGGAAGCACUCAUAGGCAAAUAUUGUAUAAAUUGCCUUGCGGUCAACCACAAGUCAGCGAAUUGCCCCAGCGACGCACGGUGCCGGCGCUGCAACGAAAAGCACCACACCAUGCUCCACAUCGGGGAAAAUACACGUCGCCGCCCCGCAGUGCCUCAAAAUCAACCAUGGAGCGAACAAAUAAGUUCCGAUGAUGCUCUCUCCAUCGAAGCAUCAGACCCUGGAACGGAGACUAGGCCUCUCCAACCAGAACCGGAGGAGGGAGAACUAAUUGAAACCGGAGCGGAAACACGGCCUUUCCGCCCAUCACAGCGAGGGGAAACGGAAACCCGGACUUUCCGCCCCUUGCUGCAACAUGAACGUCGCGCGCACAAACGCCGUCUGCGCCGUCGCCAAGAGCACAACUCGGCCAGACUGGAGACCAGGUCUCUCCAGAUUCACCGGGCUAGCUCCUUUAGAGCCGGGCUAGCGGAUCGAGCCAGCAUAGCGACUCCUUCCUUGCUGCCAACGACAGCCAUUUUACCAACGGCGGUGGUAAAGAUUGAGGCAAGGGGACGUCUACAUCUGGUCAGGGCUCUGAUAGACGCAUGCGCCCCUACGUCGCUAAUUUCACACGACCUUUUAAAGGAACUGCAACUUGUGCAGACCCAUAUCGGUGGUCAACGCGGCUGCCUCGUAGUACUGCGAGGCAGACAUGGGACGAAUACCCGAAUGUCGACGCAUGUAAGGGUAAUUCAUGGUUAUAUGCGCAUCAGCCCGACCACUACAUUAGACGCGGCCAUAGCAGCCCCAUACACUCACAUCAAACUGGCGGACCCAAACUUCCACAAGUCGUCGCCGAUACGCUUGGUGCUCGGCGCGGAUGUUUACUCCCGCAUUAUGACCCAACAGGUCAUGUCUCAAACAUUUGGGCAGCUCCUCGCACAGGGCUCCAUAUUCGGCUGGGUGCUUUCGGGUACGGCCCGGUACUAAAUUAAGUCAUUUUAGUAUUUUCUUUUUUAACUUAUUCUAUUGUUUUCUUUUGCAUUCCUAUU